AUGUUUGCAAAUGUAGCUAAACGACAAAUUUUCCAAGUUUCCUUCUGCUCACGGUGUCUCCUACGCCAGAGGAUACCACCACUAUCAUUUCGUGCCAAUCUGACCCUGACAAGAUCAUUAAAACCUUCCUCAUUUUCAUUCCCCAGCAAAGAUCAACCUGUGUCUGAUUUCAACGUGACCAAGCUUACACAUGGCAAGACAGACCUUGAAAUAGCGCUUACGGAGAGAGCAUCGAAAAAGUUGUGUCAAAUUGCAAAAGAAGACAAGAAUCCAAGAACAGCUUUACGCAUACUUGUUGAAAGUGGAGGAUGUCACGGAUUCCAAUACAAUUUAAAUUUGACUACUAUAGACGACGCCGUAGCUGAAAAUCCGGAAAUGUUGGUUUUCCAGCGACAGACUGACGAUGGUGUUGCAAAUUUGGCUAUCGAUGAGUCCUCGCUCGAAAUUCUUCAAGAGUCGAAAAUCGACUAUACAAAGGAGUUGAUAGGAAGCUCAUUCAAGGUGGUUGAGUCGCCCUACACGUCCACCGAGUGUGGGUGCGGAGCAUCGUUCGACUUUGACUUUGACAAGUUGGAGAAGAAAAAGCAACAGAAGAAAUAG